GUUUUAUAUUGUUUAUGUAAAUGAUUUUACCCUUGUAUUAUUUAGAUAAUUCUUUAUUUUAUUUGUAUUUUUGUGUCAAAAACUCCAAUCCAGUACGAGAAAAGCCGUUGGAUUAAGUAAUAAGAAAAUAUAAAAUCUCUUGUUUAGCGGCCGGGCAGGGGUAUUUGGGCGAUUGGGUCUAUGGGGAAGAAACGCGUUUGGAGUUGAAUAAUCGCCUUAUUCUGUAGUAUUUAUUAAUGAAAGAUUUUUUUUAUUUUAAAAAAGCCAAAUCGGAUUAGAGGAAGAGAGAGAGAGAGGAUGGAGAAAACAGAGGAAAAGGUGGCGGUGGGCGUGCCAGUGCAAUUGUAUUACGGUGGAGAAAAUGAAUAUCAAAGGGGAAUGAUCCCUCCUAACACGGUGUUUGGAGAUCCAAAGGGCAUCCCCAUCCAGCAGACCAUUUACAGGGACACUCCUGCUCCUUUCAACUGCCCUUACUGCGGUGACACCGCUCUCACUACCGUCAGAUCAAAGCCCAGUCUAGCAGCAUUUGUUGGAUGCUUUGUGCCGAUGAUGCUUGGAGUUUGCUUUCUUUGCCCUUCAAUGGAUUGCCUUUGGCAUAAAUAUCACUACUGUCCUAAAUGUCAAGAAAAGGUUGCUGACUUUGAGAAAUCAGAUCCCUGUGCUGUGAUGGAUCCACCACACUGGACUCAGGAGAGCUUUGCAUUGUCUGGAUAGGAUGAUAGUUCUUUUACUGCCAUUUGGUCUUUGCAUUUUCUAUAUUGUUUAAGAAUAAGCUGUUAACAUGAGCAUGGGACAAACUUCCUGCUCUUGAAUUUGAUGUAAAAUUGAAUUGUCUACUUAUACACGUUUUGUUGCAUAACUGUAAUAAACUCAUGCUUUGUUAAUAUUAUACUUAAGGAGAAUUGCGUGCAUCCACAAUCUA